CUAAAAUAAAGAUCUCAAGUUGAUAUAUGAUCAAAAUUGGCAUGAAUAAAUUGGCAAAAUUAGUAAAUGACACCGCCCUACAGUGCGUUGCGGAUAGAACCUCCUCAAUUACUGGAACAACCAACAAAAUGGUGGGAUUCGAUGGCAGAUAAAUCAUUAAUAGUCGGAUGCUACAAACAUGGUUACGAGAAUUACGAUUUGAUGAGGACCGACCCCACGCUUUCUUUCAUUACCAGCUGCCCUCUCCUUUCCCAGUCUAAGAUCAAUCAAACAGAACAGACAAAAGAUGACAGUAAUCUUGAUCAAGAUAUCGAUGACAAUGAAUCUUUAAGUAUGUCAAAAGACUGUAAAGAUUCCGAUAAAUUGAGCAAGGAUGUGCAAAACGAUUCGCCAACUUUAGCUAACAAACGAACACAAGAUAGUUCUGCAUUAGAAGCCAGCAACAGUCAUGAUGAGAACGAAGUUAUACUCGAUGAUGAAAAAAUUUGGCCAUCAGUCGUAGACUUAAAUACACGUUUACGUCGUAUUAUUUCUUCUUAUCAACGAAGUGUUAGUAAAAAAGAUGAAAUAAGUAAAACUGUUUCAAAAGUUGGUAAAUCAAGUGUAGAUGUUGAAAUAACUAAUCCAACUGUAGCUACUACGGAUCCAGCUCUCAAUAUACAAGGAUGGGACUUGCAACAGCUCGCAAUGUAUCUUUUGAAAAUGGAAAGACGAGAAAAAAUGGAGGCUAUGGUCAAAGAGCGUGAAAGAAGUCGUGUUGAAGAACAAAAAGCUAAAUGGUCUCGUCGAGAAGAAAACGAAUUUUUUAGAGUGAUUUCUACCUAUGGUGUUAAUUAUGAUAGAAAAAAGGCACAGUAUGAUUGGGUCAAAUUCAAAAGUCUAGCUAAGUUUGAUAAAAAGACAGAUGCUGAUCUCACCGAUUAUUAUAUGUCUUUUCGAAUAAUGUGUAAAAAAGUUGCCAAUAUGAAAAUGUCAGGUGACGAUGAUAUUUUAGUAGAUCAGUUAUCUCCUAGUAAAGCUCGCCAAAUACUCGAUCGUGUUGAUCUUCUCAGUAAAAUUAGAGAAGAAAUUUUAUCUCAUCCACAUCUUGAAGAACGGUUAUGUUUGUGUCAGCCUUCAGGUGAUACACCAGAUUGGUGGAUUCCAGGAAAACACGACAAAGAGUUAUUGCUUGGUGCUGCAAAACAUGGAUUAGGGCGAACUGACAUAACUAUCCUUAACGACUUAGACUUUUCAUUUCACAAAAUUGUCGGUAAAAGUAUAUUUGGAACGAUUCCAUCUUCUUCAAUGAUUUUCAAUAAAGCAGAGAAACUCAUUAAAGUCGAAAAUAAAGACGAUAUACUCAAGUUCGAUAAGAACGAAAUACUUGUCAAACUUGAAAAAGGAGAAGGUACAUUAAAAAUUGAAAAAGUAGCUGUUAAAAAAGAUAAAGAUACGUUAAGUGAACAAAGAUUAGACGAUAAUAUUGAUGUUAAUCAAGCAGAAUUAACUAUUGUUAAAACUGAAGAUAAAAUUGACGAUAAAUUUUCGAAUAGUACAUUAACUAUCACUACCGUUCCAAUCGCACAGUCUACAGAAAUUGAUAAAAAUGAAGAAAAGGAAAGACUUAUAACACCAACUUCUAAUGAGAAGAAAAAAAGUGAGUCUGAAAAUAUUGAAAAAAAUAAUGAAGAUUUAAAAAUUGAAAAUAUGUCGAUUGAAAAGAGCGAACAACCUGAUAGUGACGAAAUAAAAGAUGAUAAUGAAGUAAAACAUGACGUAAAAGAAAUCAACAGUACAAAUGAAAAAUUAAAAGCUGAAGAAAAUGCUGAUGAACCUAUGGAUACAAAAGAACGCGAAGAUGUUAUAUCUCCAGUGGAUCUUGAUAAAACUAAUAGUGAAUCACAUGAUCAAUCUCCGGAAAUGAAAGAUCAACAUACAGAAAUCCAAAAACCUAAUGAAAAUAUGGAAAUAGACAUAGAUAAAUCUUCUGAACAUUACGAUAAUGGAUCGAGUAUUACUAAAAUCAGAAAUGAUUCAAAUUCUGAGAAGUUGUCGUCAAUUCCAAUUGACAAUGAGAAUAAUGAAAAAAAUAAUCAAAAUCUACAUGAAGCUACAAAUAAUGUAGAGGAGAUCAAAACUGAAAUUAAAGUUGAAUCUGAUUCUGAAUGUAAGCCGAAAAUUUUAACUAAACUUUGUGAAUCUCAAUCAACAUCUGAAGUAAAUUCAGCCGAUAAACUUGAAGAUUCACAGAUCAAAAAUGAUAUAAAAACAAAAGUGGAUGAUAUUGCAACCACUAAAACAGACGUUAAAAAAAUUUUUGACGCUGAAGACAAAUGUAGUGUUCAGGCAGCUGAACUUAAGGCCAUGUUUCCUGAUUUAGAAGUUAUACAGCCUCUUUCGAGAUUGACGCAAAUUGAUACUUUUUUAUUACGUGAUAAAACAGUCGAUUUUCCAGAGUCAACAGUAGCUCAGCUUUUCACUCAUAAUCAUCAAGCUUCACUCAAAUGGCCUAAAGAACACGCUAUUGAAGCUCGUUUGAUGCAUAUCGUUCACGCAAUUGAACACAAAGAGUGGCCUGUUGCAAUUAAUUUUACUGCUGGAGAUGAAGUAGAACCCACUAUUAGUGAAAAAGAUAUUUCUGAAAUAAUAACGAUUACAACAGAUCAUGGAAUUUCACGGGCAGUUCCUAGUUUAAAUAAUUUGGCCGUAACUAAAAAAAGGAAACGACAUAUCGCGAUUGACGUAGAAACAGAGCGAGCUAAAUUACAUGCAUUGUUGAAUAAUAGUCAUUUAUCAUCUCAAUUAUCAUCAAAUUCUUCAAGUUUAAGUAAGCCUACGAUAUCUUCUAAUCAUUGGGAUACGAAUGAAGACAAUGCGAAUGAUGAAUCUCGACGAACAAUAUCACUUCAACCGCCUCCAGCGCAUCAGCAUGUUCGUACACCUAGUAUACCAUUUGAAAUAAAAUAUUCGACUACUGGUAAAACUACUAUUAUUCCUGGUACUUCAAGUACCUUAACACCAAUCGAUUUAUCAUCUAAUUAUACAAAAAGUGUUAACGAUUCAAAUAAAGAUAUUAUGAAUGAAGUUCAAGAUUUUUCAAUGCCUAGCAAAAAUAAACAAAAUAAUAGUAAUAAGGGCAAAUUAGACAGUAUGCUCGACAAACUAAUGAAAAGAAAAAAUUGCCCUAUCGAUGAACCUAUUAUUGGUAAAGAGAAAAAGCGAAAAAAACUUGAUGAAAUUGUUUUAGGACUUAGUGCUGCAAAAGAGCAACAAGAAAAUAGUCAUUACAUGGAGUAUAUUAAAAAAAAUACGAUUACACCCAAUGUGACGGUAACACCAGCUUCUGUUUCUGCAGGAUUUCCCCAUUCUGUAGCAACCGGACAAAAACCAUUUUCUAUAACCGUUACAUCAGUUCCAACGUCACGAACAUCUGGAUCCUCAUCAACUUUACCAACAUCUUCGUUACAUUCCCACAAAGAUAAUUUUUCGGUUUUAUUGAGUCAAGCUGAACAACAAAAUCGUGACUUAAAAAAACAAGAAAUAUAUCAAAGCCAGAUAUCAGAACGUCAACAUCAGCAGCAGCAGCAGCAGCAGCAGCAGCAGCAGCAGCAGCAGCAGCAGCAGCAGCAGCAGCAGCAGCAGCAGCAGCAACAACGACAACAACAACAACAACAACAACAACAACAACAACAACAACAACAACAACAACAACAACAACAACAAUCACAACCACCAACUCAACAACAACGACAACAGCAGCAGCAGCAGCAGCAGCAACAACAACAACAACAACAACAACAACAACAACAACAACAACAACAACAACAACAACAACAACAACAAAAGCAAGGUCAACAACAAUCACAACAUCAACAACAAACAUUUAAUUCAAGUCACUUGUCAUCUAGUGGCCAUCGCAAGAGUUAUGAAGCUAUGAUUGCAGACAUAAAUAAAGUUGCUGAGUAUUCUUCAAAAAUUAGUUCAUAUUCUCAUGAAGCUAAAGUUAACAAAUGGCUUGCCGAACAAACAGCAAUCUCUGAACAACUCGGAGCUGAAUAUCUCAAUACCCCCAGAAGACGUCGACCUCGAGUUGAUCCAUCCCUUCUUGACUGGAAAAAACUCACUGGAGAAGAAAAUGUUGCUGUAGUCAACCGAUUAACUGGAAAAAAGGUAACUGGAAGUAAAGCACCUCAAUUGAAAAGACUUGGUCAAUGGUUGAUGGAAAAUCCAAUAUUUGACGUUGAUCCUAAAUGGGCUGAACUUGUUAAGGAACGUGGAAAUCUUCCUCAUGAUCUGCAAAAGCGAGUUCCAGGCUUAGAACGAAGCAACAAUAAAGGAAAAAGCCCUGGAAGGCCACCUAUGCUGCCAAGUCCAACAAGCCAAGCAUCUUCAAAUUCGUCUAAUCUUACUUCUACUUCGAUAGCGUCACAAUUAAAUUUCCCUGGUCUUAGUAAUUCUCUUCUAUCGACGUUAUCUAUGAGUAACUUUGAUCCAAAAAAUAAUCCACUUCUUAUGCCAUUUGGAAGUUUACCGAAUCUUGGCGCAUUAGGAAGUCUUGGAAAUAUUAGUAAUAUGAACCUCACCAAUUCAUUCUUUGCGAAUCUUGCAGGUCUCGGAUUACCAUCUUUGAGUGGUAUGGAAUCUGUUUUGAGUGCUUCUACAGCUUCUAGUUCAGCGGAAACAAGUACAGUAACUACAACCGCAAAAAAUAUUGGUUCUAUAAUGAGUAGUAAUAGCAGCUCUGGCAAUUCCUCCAAAUCACGGUCAAAAAUAGAUUUAGCAACAAGUAAAGUUUCAACAUCAUCUACUGCAUCUUCAUCAUCUUUACCAACAACAACACCAUUUCCAUUCUUUUUCCCAAAUCCAAGUUUAUUGUAUACACCAUUAGGAUUGGGAAGCUUAAAUCCUUUUUCCAUCCAACCGAGCGGAGUUUCUUCUGCGUAUGAAAGUCUUGCACUUCUUAAUUCAUCUGCGUCUAAUGCAUCAUCAUCAAGAAAAUCAACUACUUCAAUAAGUAAUUCUCGUCAAAAAGAUUUUUCAAUCGAUUCUGCAAAGAAAAAAGAGUCGGAAAAGAAAAUUGGCUCAUCUUCAAAUUUGCCUUUUAGAUAUCCUAUUGAUUCUACAUUAAUGUUACAGCAGUAUGCUGAUUUUACUUCACAUAAUGAUGAUAAGAAAUCUUCAGAAUCAGAAAAAAAAGACAAUAGUGACUCAAUUGAUAUUCCUGACCUGCCUGUACGUUUAGAUAAAAAAGCUAAAGAACUUGAAAUAAAAGGACCUUUAGAUCUUUUAAAUAAAACAAAUGUUGAGGUUUCAACAAAAAGCCAACAUGUGGAUGACUUACAUAAAUCUCAUAAAAGAAUUCGGACUUAUGAUCAUCCAAUGACUGAGCAACCGAUACCUUCGUCGUUGGAAGUUACACUCGAGCCAGUCCAAAAAAAAUUUCGAAGUAAUGAGUUGGAAGUUUCCAACAUAACUCCAGUAAAUGAAUACGGUGUGGAGCUUGAAACAAUAACAAAACCAUUAUCUGUAACAACUAAAUCUCAAUCAUUAAAUUUACCGCUUCAAGUAACUCCAACUUCAAUGGAAUCAUUAACAUCCACCCCUAAUUCGACUUUAACUUCAUCAUCAGGGGUAUCACAUCUAUUACCGGAAGAACCUAGUAGUAAGUCGUUUAAUGCGUCUAACGAUAGUAAUAAAGGUCUUAUAAGUUCACUACAGAGUCCUGAUCCAGAUCAACCAGAUAAAUUAAAAUCAGAUCUCAGUAGAUCUAACAGUUUCGUUGAAUCUGAAGAAGAUCUUAAAAGUCUAAAAAUGAUUCAUAAAAAAUCGAAAAGUGGAAAGAAAGUGGUAACAGAACAACCAGUAGAACGAAAGAAUCUUCGUUCAAGUGCUGGAAGACAGGCCCGAGCAGCAGCCGAAAGACAAGCCAAAAUGGAGGGUGAACAGCUUACCUCUGACCAAGAAAGUCAACUAAGUGGAAAUUGAAAAGAAAAAACAUAUAUAAAUAGAAUUAGAGAAAAUCAUUUUAAAAUUUGAUAAUAAAAUGAUACUUUAAAAAAAAUAAAUAAAGACGCGAACAUACUAGGAACAUAACAUCUUACAAUUUAAGUUUAACAGUAAUUGUAUGGAUAUUUGUGAUUUUCAAUUCCAUUUUAAUCAAUAAAUACAUUGAAGAAAACAAAUGAUACAUCGCAAUAGUAUUUUAUGGCAUACUUUAUGUAGUAAUUGUCAUUUAAUUAUUAUAGUAGUGAUAACAUUCAUGAAAUAUUAAUUAUAUAACUAUCAAGUAUACUUUUUUUAAUCUUUUUGAUUUUUGACAAGGGAGUGUUUUAUAUAUUACUAAAACAUAAUAUACGAUUGUAUGCAUAAUAUUAUAACCAUUUUAUUGAUGAAAAAAUGUAGCAUAGUUUAAAGACAAAAAUGAAAAUGUACAUACUGAAAACAAUCUACUUAGAAUAACUUAAACGAAAAAAAUUGUGUACUCAAGAAUGUAUAUAAAAUCAUACAAUGUACUUUAUUUAGAUGGUAUAAUAAAUGGCUUCUUUUGUUGUUUGCAAAUACAUAAAGCAUAUAAUAUAUUA